CCUCCGGACGGACGUGUCUUUCCUUUUCUAACGUAUUUCUCCCACGUGUGUGUUACGAAAAUGGUCAUGAGAAGGUGGGUGAGGGGAAAGGCAAGAGAGAGGGGGCAGGUUGCGGCGCGCCCCAGUUAACCCAGUGGCCGGGAGAACUCGGCUCGACAGCGUCAUGGUGCCUUGGCUGCUGGCGCUCCUGUGCGCAUGCUCGGGAGGACUGCUGGCGCCGCCGCCGGCCGGCGCCAUAACCAUACCUUUCUGCAUAAAGCCUUGCGUGCGAACAGAGCCAGGCUUCUACACGUGCGCCAAGAACCACGCUAACGAUGCGGUGCGCUACAUAGUGAGAGGCCGGCCGGAGAAGCUGGGCAUCCCGGGGUUGGUGCCCCUGGCGCUGGAGCAGUCGACGGUGCACGUGUCCAGCGGCAACUACUCCCUGGCGCUCGUCGUCAGCGACCUGACCGCGGAGGGCGCCUCCGAAGUGGCCGUCGACUCUGUCAGGCCAGUGUUUGAAAGGAAGAUGAUGUCUCUCAGACUAAUAUUUUCGAAACUGUUCUUGGAGUCACGAUACAUUCUAGAUGGCUACAUUCUUCAAACGCCAAUCAAGACCGAUGGAUUCUUGAAUGCCACAAUCAAAGGGUUAACGAUCAGCUACGAGUUAUCCAUAAAUGCUUUAGAGAAAGACGGGCGGACAUACUUGGAGUUCAACCCUCAAGACUCAAGCCAGUACAUGGACCAAGGAGCCAUAUAUCUUGGAGGAGUAUUCUCAACAAAAACAGGCGAGGAAGAGAAACUGCUGCUGCAGAAGAGCCUGGGCGAGAUGAUCCAGAAGUUCCGCGAUCUCGUUUCCGGCCGACUGAAGCAGGUGGCGCUGCAGGUGUUGAACGCCGUAAGCUCCAGGGUUCCCCUCGACCAGUUGUUCCCGGACUCGCCGAAGGACCUCACCGCGUUGGAGAUGGACGAGGCCUGUAGCAGCGACCCCACGUCUAACGGGGCUGCGGGGGUCGCGGGCAGCAAGGCUGGGGGCGUCGCUGCUCCUGCCGCCGCUGCUGCUGCUGCUGCAUCUGCUGCUGCUGCGCUGCCCGGCGCUGCCCGGCAGAUAGCGGAGACUUCGACGCACGAUCGAGCAGCGACCGCGGGCCUUCGAGGUCAUGGACUUGACGUGCUGGGGACCUGCUUCUCUGGCCUUCGCUGACGCGACUGCACACACACUCUGUAAAUUUUUUUCAUAUUUGUGAAUGGAACAGAAAUAUUUACCUGAAAAUCACAGAUAUUUUUUUUUUAAUUUUGUACAUAUUUACAAGAAAACAACUGUAUCACUACAAAACUGGUUUUCGCAGAAAUACUAUGUUCGGAUUCUUGCCCGGGUAUAUAUUCUUUGUGUUAUGCCAGUACCUCCAAUAGUCAAAGUUAUUUGUAAACCUUCAACUGUGUAGCUUUCCAGUAUUAACUGCGCACAUAAAAAAGAAUUAUACAACAAAAUAAAGUAAAUUAUUUCGUUUUUUCUUAUCUUUUUAAUGGCUUCGAUAUAAUUAUAUUUACAUGCAACAAUUUUAGUAAGAAAUAAUCAGUAUUAUCUUGAAAAAUUAUUUCGUAUAUACAAGAAUAACCAUAGCCAUGAGUUGUAUAAAGUUACAAUAUAUUUCUUGUAGUAUUACAAAUUAUUUCUUGGCGACUGGUUUCUACAGGAAUCUUUUGUAAAAGUACAAUUUUUUUUCAGUGUAUAAUACCUCGUGCCUAUUAAAAUAAGUCGACGCUCGUGCGAACUUUUGUAAAUCAGUGAUGGACUGCGAUGGCGUGAAAUACAGUCGGUGGCAUACGAAAAAUUUACCAUCCCUCGAGUAUAGGUAUGACUGUAGAGUCCUGCCUGGAGGUCAAAUGUACAGUGAAAUAUUCGUAGUAUUUUCAAUUAUAUUCAUGCGCUACCCAGCCUCAGGAAAAAAAACCGAAUUGUAAAUGAAUUUUGAAAUUCAGAGUAAAUAAUUUCGGGGUAUUAUCAGAGAUAUGUAUGGUAUGUCAAGGAAUUUAAAUAAAAUUAUUACACAAACCUAAUCCUUAUAGAUAACCUAUUAACUGUGGCAUGCGUAUUGGUUUUUGAGUCCAUUCUAUGUUACAAUGCUGUGUUGAACAGUAAUUUUUUUUUGAGCAGAGGUUUAUAUUUUGGCAAGAGAGGCUGUAUUUUCAUUUGUAAUAGUGCAUUUGAAUUGUUAUGUAAAAAUAUGUAAUUUUACACGAUGUGUUUCAUUUCCACUUGCAAAAAAAAAAACAA